GUCGUGUGUGUGUGCGUCACAUUUCCUUUUUGUUCUUUUUCAGUUGGGCUUUCAUUCUCAGAUGUUUGUUCCUCGUUCAUUUUUUCACUGUUUUCUUGGAUUAUUAUUGUUGUUUUAAGUUUUUUCCGCGGCUGUGAUCAGGUCACCAUCAGGCUGUUCGACUGACAGCUGGGGGCGGAGCCUUGUGCAUGGCAGCAAUAUUGGUUCUGGUGUGGCUGGCAUUCCUGCUGCUGAGUACCGCUGUGUCCUCAGAUGUCACUACAGUGUCCGUCCAUCGUGGGGAGGCUGUCGUCCUGAUGUCUGGCCUGCAGAGGGCGCGCCCGAUGUUGGUCCAGGAUGUGAGGUGGAGCAGCCUCACCCUGCUGGUGUCGCUGAAGAACAACAGAACACAGUGUCACCAUGGACGCUGCGAGCUGCUGAGUGACGGCUCGCUGAACUUCAGCCGCAUAAGCCCCGACGACGCUGGAGAGUACGUUCUGGAGGUGUUUGAUGAAAACGGAAAACGAGUACUGAAAAGACGGUUUGAACUGGAGGUGGAGGGUGAGGACAGAGGGGGCGGGGCCUCAGCAAACAGGAGGACAGGUCUGCUGGUGACUGCAGCCGUCCUGCUGCUGUUCACCGUUGUCUUCUGUAUCCUGAGGAGGAGUAACCAAACUUCAGCAGCUUCACAAUUGGAGAACAACAUCUACAUGGAGAUGCACAGUUGCCAUGACAACCCAAGGAUGGCUCAGAAGACUGAAAGAGAUUUGGAGCCUAUUUAUGUUCCCUGUCAUCCUGUUGUCACCAUGGAAGUGGAAAACAUGCAGCAGAUGUCAGCGGGCCAUCAUGACAUCAUGUGUGGCAGCUUGUCAGAAGACACCUUGUAUCAGACUGGUUGUUAGCGGUGUUAGCCGCGUCUGCAGUGGUGAGCGUUAGCUGCCGCCAUUGUAGCAUUUGGACAUUUUUCCGUAUAACUUUAAUUAUUAGCGACCAGGAGUUCUAACCUCAUUUCUGCACUAAUGUCACAGCAACAAGAUGUCCUCAGUUCAAGCGUUUAGGAUCGGCUCAUUAGGUGACGUCAUCCAGAUCAAAUGUGCCGAGAAAGUUGUUGAAGUCGGUGAGAAGGACAGAAGUUGCAGAAAGUGUCUUCUGCAUGUGGUAGGAAUGUUCUGGGCAUAAUGUUCCAUCAGUUUCAUGACAUAUAACCAUAGUUUUAUUUUGUUUUAUUUUAUUUAACCUUUAUUUAACCAGGAAAGUCCCGCUGAAAUUAAAAACAAGAGCUGGACAUCAGCCAUUUUCUGGCAGAUUUCA